AUGAAGACACCAGCCAUCCAAAACGACUUCAGCUACUACCGGCGUAUUGUAUCCCGAGGUGGUCUCAUCAACGCAGACCUUCCGCCAGGGGAAGAACCCCACAUAGGCGCAGAAGUCGCUAACAGAAUGUCGUUAUUCUAUGCGCAAGCGACGCCAAUGCUAAAGGUUCUGUCAGAAGCGACCAGCCAGUUUGUGAAUGAUAAUCAGCAGGACUUGGAAAAUACCACGGAAACAUUAAGCACAAUGGCCAAAGUCUGCUUGAGGAUGUUGGAGAAUCCGUAA